AUGGGCCUGUCACUGACCCGCUCGCGCUCCUCGACGGAGAAGAAGGAGAAGGACCAGGAAGGACGUGCCGACGUCGAGGCCGUCGUUGAGGAUCUCGAGUUUACGGAGAAGGGAGAACAUGGGACCAAGAGGCACCUCAGCCCACGAGUCGUCUCCAUGAUCGCCAUCGCCGGCACGAUCGGAACGGGUCUGUUCCUCAACUCUGGCGCUGCGCUCGCCCUCGGCGGCCCCGUUGGCGCGUGGCUGGGAUACACCCUCAUGGGCAUCCUCGUCGGUAUGAUGAUGUACUGUCUCGGUGAGAUUCUUCUGGUCUCUCGAUCGACCUCUCGUAAGGUCCAGAGGGGACGUGCGGGCGGUAGACACACUCGCUUCGCUCGUCUGCUGACUCGCAGGUCCUGCUACUCCCCCACCGUCGGCGCGUUUACGGAGUGGGGCAGCGUGUUCGUCGAGCCCGCGUUCGGCUUCGCGAUCGGGUUCAACUACGUGCUCAUGAUCGGCAUGGCGCUGGCUUCCGAGCUGUCCGCGUUUGCGAUUCUCAUCGGAUACUGGGACAAGGACGCGAGCCACAUCGGCGCGUACAUCACUGUAGGCCUUGUCGUCUGUCUGCUUCUCAACGUCGUUGGUGUCAAGUACUACGGCGAGGUCGAGUUCUUCUUCGCGUGGGUCAAAGUCCUCACCCUGAUCGGUCUCGUCAUCUUCGGCAUCAUCGUCAAUGUCGGCGGCGUCCCGAGCAACCGCGAAUACAUCGGUGGACGAUACUGGCGUACCGAGCCCUGGAACGACACGUUCAUGGACCUGAAGCCCGUCGGCAAGGCGCGCUUCCUCGGUUUCUGGGCCGUGCUCACGCGCGCGUCCUUCUCGUUUGGCGGUGUCGAGGCCGUCGCCGUCAUUGCCGGCGAGGCGCACAACCCGCGCCGCUCGAUCCGCCUCGCGACCCGCGCCGUCUUCUACCGCGUCGUCGGCAUCUAUGUGCUCACCAUGCUCAUCAUCGGCCUCAACAUUGACCAGCACUCACCCGACCUCCUCCGCGGCGUCGAGGACAGCGACGGCACCGCCGCCAGCUCCCCCUUCGUCAUCAUCGCUGAGCAGGCCAAGGUCAAGGUUCUCCCCGAAAUCAUCAACGCUGUCGUCAUCACUGCCGCCUUCUCCGCCGCCAACGAGGACAUGUACGCCGUGUCGCGCACCGUGCUCGCGCUCGCCAAGCACGGCGGCAUUCCCCGCUGGUUCCUCCGCACGUCGAAGCAGGGCAUCCCCAUUGGCGGCGUCAUUGUCGCGUUCUGCUUCGGCUGCCUCGCCUACCUCUCCUGCGGCGGCGACGGUGCGAACCAGGCCUUCAUCUGGCUCUCGAACCUGACCGCGCUCGGCGACCUGAUCUGCUGGGUCGCCAUCUGCUACUGCUACACGCGCUUCUACAAGGCGCUCGAGAUCCAGGGCAUCAACAGGCGCAACCUCACCCUCCGCGGCUGGUGCCAGCCGUAUAUGGCGUGGAUUUGCUUCUGGUUCUUCAGCAUCAUCAUCCUCUUCAACGGCUUCACGUCCUUCAUCAAUGGCUUCAAGGGCGCAGACUUUGUCGCCGCGUACCUCACCCUGCCGCUCGUGCUCCUCGCGUACCUCUGGGACACGAUUUGGCGUCGCUCAAAGGUCGUCGACCUCAACGAGGUCGACCUCUCUGGUGGACCCCGUGCCGCGCUCAAGGGCACCCGCUACGACAAGUAA